AUGCACUUAAUACUCCUCCUCCUCCUCGUAUCAGCCGCCGAUGCCGCCCCGAAGCUGCCUCCGCCGCCGCAGAACUACGUGCAGCAGUUCCUGGGCGCGCAGAACACGGCGCGGGCGGCGCUGAAGCUGCCGCCGCUGGUGUGGGACCAGCGAGUGGCCGCCUACGCGGCCGCGUACGCCGGGCAGCGGCGGGGCGACUGCGCGCUGCAGCACUCGAACGGGCCGUACGGGGAGAACAUAUUCUGGGGGAGCGGCGGCGGGUGGACGCCGGCGCAGGCGGCGGCGGCGUGGGUGUCGGAGCGGCGGGGGUACAACUACUGGUCGAACACGUGCGCGUACAGGCAGGAGUGCGGGCACUACACGCAGAUUGUGUGGAGAGGUACGAGGAGGAUUGGGUGCUCGAGAGUUGUCUGUAAUGGCGGUAGAGGUGUUUUCAUGAUUUGUAACUAUGAUCCACCUGGAAAUUUCAUUGGAGAGAGGCCUUAUUAAUAUUUAUUUUUAUUACAUAU